AUGAUUCGCGACGAGGGAGACCGGUCCCUUUGUGGAUCGGUGAGAGUUCUAUUGGAAUGGAACACUCUCCUGGUCCAGCCAUUCCGUGAAGAUCUGGAUGCCGUAGAGUGUGAAAAAAAACUUCUUGCCCCUGAGAUCCCAGAGGGCCGCUGCCAGUCAGAAGAGGUAGCUCUCAGCUGCAUGUACCAAUGGUCCCACUCUGGAGAAAGUGGGACCAUUGAAAUCUUAUUUCCCUACAGAAGAACCGACGUCCUUACAUUUACUCCCUGGCUUGCCCCAAUCGUUUGGGAAGGGACAUUCAACUUGGAUAUCUUGAAUGAGCAGUUCAGAAAAAGGAACGCAACUGUUGGACUGACAGUGUUUGCUAUCAAAAAGUAUGUUGUCUUCCUGCAGCGGUUUCUAGAAACUGCAGAGACUCAUUUCAUGAUUGGACAUAGAGUGAACUAUUAUAUCUUCACUGAUAGGCCUGAAGCUAUUCCUAACAUAACUGUCAAAGAAGGAAGAGAGAUAAUCCCUCUCCGAGUCCGAAAUUACCCCAGGUGGCAAGAAAUCUCCAUGCGCCGGAUGGAGAUGAUCAAUCACUAUUUGCAACAGCGCUUUAUCCAUGAAGUCGCCUUUCUGGUGUGUGUGGAUGUAGACAUGCGCUUUAGUGACCAUAUUGGAGUGGAGAUUUUGAGUGAGUUAACUGGCACCAUUCACCCAGGUUUCUUUGCUGCUGGGCGCCAAGCAUUCACCUAUGAGCGGCGCAGCAUCUCAGAAGCUUACAUUCCCCCAGAGGAAGGUGAUUUUUACUAUGCUGGAGGCUUCUUUGGAGGAACGGUGCCUGAAGUUUACAAGCUCACCAAGAAAUGCCACGAAGCCAUCAUGGUUGACAAAAACAAAAGUGUGGAAGCCAUCUGGCAGGAAGAGAGCCACCUAAACAAGUAUUUUGUGUACCAUAAACCAACUAAAAUACUUUCCCCAGAAUAUCUGUGGUUUAGUGAACGCUAUACCCCACAUUUUCUCAAGAAAAAGAGAUUCAUUGCAAUCCCAAAGAACAGUUAUGCAAUGAGAAAUUAAAGAACUUUGCACGUGA